AUUCUCUUACUCUUAUUAGAGUUUCUGUUUUUAUGGGGUCCUUAACUGUUUGAGGGAGACAUGGGAAAGUGGCAGUCUGUCAAGGAUCCUGGGGUACUUAGGGAAAGCUCUCCAUGCAUUCCACAGCACAGAUCUUUGAGGUCAUUAUGAGUGGGCUGCUUCAGGGCUAUUUGGAAGGUUUAGCUGACUCCUCUUGACCUUUAUAUUGAGGACUAUUAACACUCUACUUCUGAACAGGUGCAUCUUGAGACUGGCGCCCUUUUUCACCAGAACCUCGAUUAAGCUGAAUGAGGUCAUUUGUGUGGCAGGAAAUGUGGGUGGGUGUUGUAUGUGCAAAUUUUGUUAGAAAACAGCAUACUUCUCAGAAGAGAUGACUGAGUUUAUGGUAAUGAAGUCCUAUGCCAGAAUCCUGACUCUGGGGGUGGGUGAAGAGGGGAUCUGGUUGUUAGGUGUCCAGUUAGCCAUGAAUGGGUGAGCAGGGAAAGCACAAUGUAGGGUGAUGAUAGGCAAGCACCUGGAAGAGAGACUUGCAAUGUUUAAACCUCCCCCAGCCAUAAAUUUCCCCUUAAGAAACACUGUUUUAUUCAAGAUCAGGUUAUACCCUGCCUGGUGACCUGUAUCCUAUCACCAAAACUAUCACAACCCCCAUCACUCUGGCAACCAACACCCUCACAAAGAAAGCUUGCUGAUGGCUAGUCAAAGGAUAAUAAGCCUAUUAAGGGGGCAAGAAAUUGAUACAAAAACCAGGGAGGAUGGGAGGGGCAGAUUAACUGUCUUCCCAGUUUCAAACUGAAUCUCUCUAAGGAAGAUAGGUAGAACCUGAGCAAGGAAAUAAGUACCUGCUCAGCAACAUGAGUCACAAACUUAAUCCGGUCCCAGGGCAGGAAACUCUUUACACAUGCUUCUGACAUUGUUACUACACUCAUAUGUUUUAGCCCACUGCCCUGUAGGGAUGGGUGAACUUUUUGGGAACUUUAGUCUACUUGUUGCCUUUUAUUACUGGAAAACCUAAGGAAAGUCUCAUUUCCAUCUUAAAUGAGAUGGAAACAAGAGUUUUCACUUAAGACCUAUUUAAAGUCAAGUAUUGUGUUGUUACAUGAUUCUCCUAAUACGUCUUGGGACAAGGUGAGAAAUGUCCUCAGUGGUUGAACAUUACAGAGUGGUGACAGUAGAAGUGACUGCUGAUGUUGAAAUUCGCACAUUUUGGUUUCUGAAGACCUGGGGAGAUGGCUUGCAGUGUUUUUAAAGUUAAGGUGUAAAGUUCAUACGUUAGUGUUUCCUUCUCUUUCACUGUUUCAGAAGAAUAGAAUUUUGGCUAAUCAUUACCAUUUGUUGUGUUCUAAUAUAAAACUCAGUUAUUCACCUUUAAUAUCUUAGACAUUAAUCUUUAAAUGGUUUAUUUCUUUUCCAGUUUCCAAGAUGAAUAGGGUGUGAAAAGCAGAAACUCCAGAUUUCUUCCAGUCAUUACUAGGAUUUUAUCCCAGAGUCACAAAAAUACCUAAUACUUCCCUAAGAUGGCAUCCAUUGACCUGAAUUCAUUUACUCAGGAGACUGUGUUAAGUAUUCAUAACAUCUGCUAUCGAGUAAAAGAGAAGUAUGGCUUUAUAUUUUGCUGGAAAACAUUUGAGAGAGAAAUAUUUACAAAUAUCAGUGGGGUCAUGAAACCUGGCCUUAAUGCUAUCAUGGAAUGCACAGGUGGAGGCAAAUCUUUAUUUCUGGAUGUCUUAGCUGCAAGGAAUGAUCCAAAUGGAUUAUCUGGAGAUAUUUUGAUCAAUGGAGCCCCUCGACCUGCCAAUUUCAAAUAUAAUUCAGGUUUUGUGGUUCAAGUAAGUAUUGCAAGUCUGCCUUCUAGGUUUUCCCUACUUCUAUGUGGGAAGUGUUCAUUUACUUCCUGUUUCAUAAUGAGGAUAGUUAGAUCUGGAGAAGAAAGAAAAAAGACCGGUAUAGCAAUGGGGCUGAUCACUGAUCCUUCCAUCUUGUUCCUAGAUGAGCCCACAACUGGCUUAGACUCAAGCACAGCAAAUGCUAUCGUUUCACUCCUGAAAAACAUUUCUGAACAAGGACGAACUAUCAUCUUCUCCUUUCGUCAGCCUCAGCAUUCCAUCUUCAAGCUUUUUGACAGCCUCACCAUAUUGGCCUCAGGAAAGCUAAUGUACCACGGUCCUGCCCAGAAGGCUUUGGAGUAUUUUAAAUCAGCAGGUUACCAUUGUGAGCACCUCAAUAACCCUUCAGACUUCUUCCUUGAUGUCAUCAAUGGAGACUCCCCUGCUGAGGUGACAGCAAUGCAAGAGGAAGGGGGUGAAGCCAAUGAGACUGAACAGCUAUUAAUAAGAAGACUGCCAGUGAUCGAAGGAUUAGCUCAGUUUUAUAGAAAAUCCCCCUUCUAUAGAGAAACAGAAACUGAAUUAGAGAGACUUUCAGGUGGCCAGCAUAGCAGGAGCCCGGCCUUCAAGGAGACCACCUAUGUCACCACCUUCUGCCAUCAGUUCAGAUGGAUUUUCUGGCGUUCAUUCAGAAACUUGAUGGGUCGUCUCAAGCCCUGGGGAGUUGAGAUAUUCAUCAUAUUUAUGCUGGGACUGUUCAUAGGUAUCACUUUCCUUGAACUAAAAAAUGAUUGUACUGCAAUCCAGAAUAAAGCCUGGUCGCUGUAUGUGCUAACUGUCUUCCAAUGUGUCACGAGUGUCUCAGCCAGGGAGAUCUUCCUGAUGGAGAGGAAUCUUUUUAAACUUGAGUACAUCAGUGGAUACUACAGAGUGUCAUCUUACUUCCUUGGAAAACUGUUAUUUGAGUUCCUAUUCAGGAGGUUUUUUCCAAGUUUUAUAUUUACUGGUAUACUAUACUGGAUAUUAGGGCUGAAACGGGGGAUAACAGCUUUCCUCAUCACAACGAUUACCACUUUGAUGGUGGCUUAUUCCACCACUGCCAUGAUCCUGGCUAUAGGAACACGUGAGAAUGCAGCAUCUUGGAAAACACUUCUGGUGAUCGUCUAUUUUGUGUUCGUGCUGGUUUUCUUGGGUAUGUCAUUGAAUUUUGAAACCAUGGCACCUCAGCUCUCCUGGCUUCAAUACGUCAGUAUUCCUCAUUAUGGCUAUAUGGCUUUGCAGCAUAAUGAAUUUUUGGAACAAAAUUUCUGUUCAGGACCCAAUACAACAAUGAGCAACUGCCGUCCCAGCUUUUUGAUAUGUACUGGCGAAGAAUUCUUGAUAAUUCAGGGCCUCAAUCUCUCACCUUGGAGCUUAUGGAUCAACCAUCUGGGUUUGGCUUGUAUGAUGUUUUUCUUCCUCGCAAUUGCCUAUCUAAAAAUGUUAUUUCUUAAAAAACAUUCUUAAAUACCUCUUUAAUUUACUAUGAAUUACCCUCACAUUAAAAAAGAGAACCUUGAUUUAUUUUAAAUACCCAAUAAAGAUUUUAUAUUAUUUUCUGACCA